AUGGGCUCACACAUUGAAACCCGUGUUGCUAUCGUCGCAGGGGCUACUUCCGGAAUCGGAAUUGACCUCGCCAAGCACCUCUGCUCCAAAGGAUGGAAGGUCGCAUGUGUAGGUCGGCGCCGCAAGGCUGGUGAAGCCCUCCUGAAAGAGCUACCACAGGACAGAGCACAGUUCUUUGCUGCUGAUGUCUCCAACUAUGAUGAGUACGCGAGGGUAUUUAGCAAAGUCCAUGAGCUUUGGGGACGCAUUGAUGCAUUAUGCGCUAAUGCCGGGAUCGUCGAUACGUCUUCAAUCUACAUCUACGACUCGAAGAACAACAACGUCGACAACAUCCCGCCGGCACCAGAUUUGUCCGUUGUGGACGUCAACUAUAAAGGCGUUGUGUAUGGUACCCAGCUGGCAAUCCAUUUCAUGCGCCGUAACCCGCAACCUGGUGGUCGCAUCGUCGUCACAGGUAGUAUUGGUGCAAUGUUCCCCCACGAGUCGUAUCCCGUAUACUGUGGCACCAAGGCUGCAGUGAACCACUUCAUACGCGGUGUCGCUCCAUUGCUGAAGCAAAAGGAGAAUAUUUUGAUCAAUUGUGUCAUGCCGGGGAUUGUGAACACACCUAUUGUGCCACCCGAGAUGAUCGCCGCUGUCACUCCUGAAUGUCUGACCCCUGUUCAAACCAUUCUCAGAGGCUAUGAAACCUUUCUAGAAGACUCAACCGGAAUGACGGGUGAGCUAUUAGAGGGCUCAGCCGACGAACUGAUCUACUACCAGAUGCCCAAACCUGGAAAUGGUCAUAUCACAAAGCGGGCUGUCACAGUCUGGGAGCCAUUGUUCCACAUGAUGCAUGGCGAAGCCUCUGGCCUGCCGGAUGCUAUUCCGUGA